AUGCCCAGGUUGCAAUGCCCAAUUGUAUUGCUUGGUUGGAGUGUUCUAGCAAUGGCUGAGCUGACUGAAGAGCUCUGUAAACUAAUCUGGGAUAUCAUCAAUAAUCCCGAGUUUGAAGCCCUCAAUCCCAGCACAGACAACCCAACUGCUAUCCAGUAUGUCAGCUACCUGCUGUCUAUACUCACCUGUCUGGCCGGAUUAGUGGGCAAUGCCAUUGUAAUUGCCGUUACCGCGUUCCUAAUGGAGAAUUCCAAAUCGAAAAUAUGGUUCCUGAACUUGGCGGUUGCUGAUUUCACUUUCAUCCUCUUCUUGACAUUCAACACGGCUUCAGUGAUACAGGCGCACUGGCCUUAUGGAUUGUUUAUGUGUAAAUGCUAUCAUUUCUUUACCUUUGUGAACAUGUACGCCAGCAUUUACAUCCUCAUUGCGCUCAACAUUGACCGUGCUUUGAGCAUCGCCAAACCAAUAUGGCACAUGAAGUUCCUUUCCAAGAAGAUCUGUUACUCCGUCUGCGCUCUGAUUUGGAUAAUUGCGACACUGUCUAGCAUUCCCGCAUUCGUUUACAGUAAUGAAUAUGAUCACGACCAUAACAUACAAUGCACGCUCUUCUCCAAUGACGUUGGCCAUUUUUCUUAUAUCAGUAGUGCCCUCAACAGCACUGAAGUAGAAGAGAUUAGGAAUAUUGAACGAGAACAAUGCCAGGGAGAUAUGGAAGAUGAAAACAUUCAUCACACAUGGAAUAACAUGUUUUCCUCAACGACUAAUCUUCUAAUUUCACUGCUUGUGAUUGGCUAUUUUAUCCCUCUCUGCAUUAUCCUGAUUACCAAUCUAGUCAUUGCUAUAAAGGUAAAAAAUUCUCAAUCGGGACCAUCAUCCAGACUGUACAGAGUGGUCAUCGCAGCAAUCAUGGCAUUCUUCUGCUCGAGGACACCACUGGUCUUAGGGCAGAUCAUUUUCCUGGCUUCGGCUUACACUUUGCAGUUCACGCUGAUGUACAGAGUCAUUGUGUUUUUGCCGCUUCUCUCCAGCAUAGCCGCUAUCAACAGCUGCCUAAAUCCCAUUAUCUAUGUGCUGAUUGGGAAACAAUCUAAGGCAAUGAGAUUUGUCCAUUCACCUGCUGCUCAUGUAACAAGAGGUCUCAUCUAA